GAAGCUUCUCUGUUUCUCUAUUUGGUCUGCGUGCCAAGCAGCCAUGGCCAAGCCUCACAUCCUGGUUUUUCCAUACCCUGCCCAAGGUCAUCUUCUUCCUCUUCUCGACUUCACCCACCAGCUAGCUCUCAGAGCCUUCCCUAUCACCAUCAUCGUCACCCCCAAGAACCUCCCUACCCUCCACCCUCUUCUCUCCACCCACCCCACCACCAUUCAGACCCUUCUUCUUCCUUUCCCUUCUCACCCCACUCUCCCUCGCGGCGUCGAAAACGUCCAAGAUCUCGGCCAACUGGGAAACUCACCCGUCGUCGCUGCUCUCUCCAAGCUUCAAGACCCGAUCAUCCAGUGGUUCAAGUCCCACCCUUCACCACCUGUGGCCAUCAUCUCCGACUUCUUCCUCGGCUGGACCCUCAGGAUUUCCCGCCAUCUGGGAAUUCCGAGGAUUGCUUUCUACUCUUCUGGUGCGCUCUUGACCUCCAUUACUAACAUCUGUUGGAAGAAUAUCGAAGACAUUAGAGAUCGGAGGGUGGUGGAGUUCUCUGAUAUCCCCGGGGCACCGUUGUUUAAGCAUGAACAUCUUCCUGCCAUGUUUCUGAAAUACAAGGAAUCGGAACCUGAUUGGGAGAUCGUAAAGGAGGGUUACUUAUCAAAUAUGGCGAGUUGGGGUUGCGUCUUCAAUAGCUUCCAUGAUCUCGAAGGCCCGUAUUUGGAUUAUUUAAGGAAGACGCUGGGGCACCGACGGGUUUUCGCAGUGGGGCCGUUGAGCUUGCUCGGACCUGACAAUGGCGCAGGUCGGGGCAACCCGAAUAAUGAGGCCAACUCUGAUGUACUCAACUGGCUCAAUGGCUGCCCUGAUGGUUCUGUGUUGUACGUGUGCUUCGGGAGUCAGAAGUUGCUCAAGAGAGAACAAAUGGAGGCUCUGGCAUCCGGGUUGGAAAGAUCGGAGGCCCGAUUUAUAUGGGUCGUGAAACCCGGAACGACCCAACAAAUGGAGGAAGGACACGGCGUGGUGCCAGACGGGUUCGAGGAUCGAGUAAAGGGUCGGGGCUUCGUGAUAAAGGGUUGGGCGCCCCAGGUGGCAAUACUGAGUCACAGAGCGGUUGCCGGGUUUCUGAGUCAUUGUGGAUGGAACUCGGUAUUGGAGGCAAUAGUGGCAGGAGUUAUGAUUCUGGGGUGGCCUAUGGAUGCCGACCAGUUCGUGAAUGCAAAGCUAUUGGUGGAGGAUAAGGGCGUUGCAGUGAGAGUAUGUGAGGGAGCGGACUCGGUGCCCGACCCGGAUAACUUGGGUCAGGUUAUAAGGAUGUCAAUAGGUGUGGAUAGGCCGGAAAAGGAAAGAGCAAAGCAACUCCGACGUGAAGCCCAAAAAUGUGUGAGCAGCGAAGGAAGGUCGUCGAAAGAAUUUGAUGACCUUGUGGAAUCACUGACUCAAUUAGAUGUCCUCGAAUCAAGUAGGCUCGAAAUUUGA